AUGUCAAUAGUAGGAGCUCUGCAAUAUUUAACCAUUACCCGACCUGAUAUUGUCUACACAGUCAAUAAGUUGUGUCAAUUUAUGCAUAACCCGCUGGAUGUUCACUGGAAAGAAACAAAAAGGCUUCUCUGGUAUCUCAAAGGGACUCUACAUCAUGGAUUACACUACAAGAAAACCACUGAUACUGAAAUAUAUGCUUAUUGUGACUCGGACUGGGCAAGUGAUCAAGAUGAUUUAAGAUCAACAUCAGGCAAUUGUGUGUACUUAGGUUCCAACAUUGUGUCUUGGAUGGCAAAGAAGCAAAAGGUAGUGUCUCGGUCAAGUACAGAGGCAGAAUUCCGCAGUAUGGCAAGUCUGGUGGAUAUGUUCAGAAUCUUCUCUCAGAACUUGGUCACGACAACAAAAAUCAACCCCUAA